UGGCGGGGCAGCUGGCGGAGGCGGCGUCUGCUGCUGCUGCCGCCGCGGAAGUACGGAGGGAGGCGGGACAGGGCCGCGGCGGUGGCAGGGGGCGCAGCGGGGCCCAGGGCCGGGGCGGCGGGCAGGCGCCUCCGCCUGCCUGUGUGGUGGUGGUGAGCGAUGCGGAGGAUCUAGACCAGGUGUUGACGGACCUGCGACGGCGGGGGUUGCUGGUCAUUGCCGUAACUCGUACGGCAAGAGUGUCGGCAGCUGAUGUGGCCCUGAGGUGGUGGGCUGUGCAGGGAGGGGAGUACCGACUGGGAGUCUAACGAGUUGGUGUGGCAGGACAUCCGGCUCGCUUUGAAGUGUACGACAAGAGGGCACGACAGCUUACUUGGGAGAUACGCCCUUGGGUUGAUGAUUCGGCUGUAGUCGGUUGUUAGCUGGCUGGCAAGAGUUCGAGCCCUGAAUUGCACAUGCGGAUUCCUUAUUGAUUAUCUGCAAUAAGAUAGGGAGUCCAGACCGGUGGGGACUUUGAGACCGAUGCAACUUUAGAUGGCUGUGGCUCGGGCGGCCCUACAACUUCUAACUCGUCGGGUCGUCACGUACGGCACACAUAGGCAAUUUGCCCGUUGCCGUCAUACUCUUUGCGCAUAUGCGUAAUGCAAGCGGCCUCUUGACAUCAGUACUUAGGCAGGAUAAUGCGCGUGCUUAGCGCAGCCCUAUUUGGGGUGGUGUUGCUUAUCUUUCUUAGUUCUCCCCGCCAUAUCACAGCCGACUGGCGUCCACGAAAAUUAGCAACAUGUGAUCUCCAUCCAAAAAUCGAGGAGCUAAUGUUGAACGAGACGAAAGUAUGGGGCUCAAAAGGGAUUACUGAAGACUUAGUGCGAAGUCUACAUGACCCCUGCCCAACAUCAGAAGUUCGUAUCCAUGCGUGCGUCAAGUCGCAACGCAUUCUGAUCAAGAAUGGAACAGUAUACGUGACAAACCUGAUGCCGGUGAACGGCUUCGGGGCAAUCGAACUUAUCGGAUUCUUGGUUGAGCUCUACGAAACCAGCCAGGUCUACCAGCUGCCCGAUGUGGAGUUCAGCUACUGGCACGACGACAACGCGCCCGCGGAGUCGGUGGGGCACCCGGACGGCACCUGGUCCUGGCCCUACCCGCCGCACGGACUGCCGCCCAUGCUGGCGUGGAGCAAGGCCAAGCAGCACGGGGCGCUGCUGGUGCCGUACAGCGGGGCGUUCAGGUGUCCGCAUGACAGCUUCGACGCGCUGCUGAACGAGGUGCAGCGCAUGUCGGAGACGCCCUGGGAGAGCAAGCUAGCGAUGGCCUUCGGGCGCUGGAACAUCUUCUGCGCCUGGUACUAUAACGGCCCGCACCGCAUGGAGGACGGCAGCGCCUCCCCCUGCCCCCGGCAGUACUACAACGACCUGUACUACAACCACUCGGACGUGCUGCUCACCGCCGGGCUGACCCGCAACCUGACCUCGGGCGGGGUGGCCACCCCCGUGUCGCUGCACGAGCAACACAACUUCAAAUACCUGGUGUCAACGGAUGGCUGGUCCAUCAGCUCCAAGUUCGACAAGUACCUGCUGCUGGGCAGCCUCAUACUCAAGGCUGAGGGCCUCACCUACGGCUUCUACUACCCCGCUCUGGAGCCGUACAAGCACUACGUCCCCAUCAUGCAGAAACACAAGAACGACAUCCUGGAUAUGAUCGAGUGGGCCAAGACGCACGACGCGGAGGCGCAGCGCAUCGCCAAGGCCGCCCGGCGCUUCGCCAUGCGCCACCUCAACCGCCAGGCGCGGCUCUGCUACAUCUUCAGACUCAUCACGGAGCUGUCAAAGCAAAUGAAGUACGAGGUGAGCUGCAGUCGGCGGCCGGUGUGUGUGCCGCUGGUGGAGGAGCUCAAGUUCCUGUCCAAGUACCACCUCACAACAACCAAGUGCAGGUACGAGGAGGUGCUGGGGCAGUACGGCUGGGACGACCCGGACGGCCUUCCCGAGUUCAGCGGCUACGAGGAGCUGAAGAAGCGGCACGAGGACAUCCCGCAGCACAUCCUGUUCGGCCCCAGGCGGGCAAGCAAGGCCAAGCUGCGGCGCUGAGCAGCUGAGGGGCAGCUGGGGGGGAUGCCUGCAUGGAAGCCUGCCGGCUGGCCUGCCGGUGGUGGCCGGGGGCUCACAGACAGGCAGGCAGGCGAUACAUGCACAAGGCUUGGAGCCUUCGCUUUGCUUGCUGGGAUUGUAUGAUUAUUGUAUUGGGGGAAUGUUUAAUGUAUAUGUGGUAUAUAGUUCUUUGGCUGCAUGUCCAGGAGGGGGAUGGACGGGUGCAGCCCAUGCGGAUGAGUCUGACAGAGGCGCGGAGCAGCCGCCCGGCGGAGUAAACUGAAGCCGCGUAACAACACUGGCCAUAGCUGUCCAUGCGUGUUCAUGUAGCCUGCUGGUGAUUGUAGCGAGAGGCCCGUGGCUGCUGAAUCCACUAUGAUAGGAACUUGGCGGAUACGCUUGCAGAACGGUGGC